AACACCGGGGUGGCUCCUCCUCCACCUCCUUCCUCUUUUCCAUUCCAUCCUGCUGCUUCUUCUUCUUCUUCUUCAUUAUACUAGUGCUAUUCUCCUUGUCAAGCUCCUCCUCAUCAGUUAAUGCACUACUCAUGACCUCCCAUUCACAACAAUGCCUGGACCUCCUUAACCUCAAGAAAGGUUUCGACUUAUCUGAUGCACUAACUUCACUCUCUCACUGGUUGCCUGGCACAGACUGCUGCGGGUGGGAAGGAGUCAGCUGCGACGAAGCAUCCGGUCUUGUUGUCUCUCUCGACCUCAGUGAGAGGUAUAUGGGAGGCAACAUCAUGCCCUCCCUUUUCAACCUCACCUCCCUCCAAACACUCAAUCUUGCCUACAAUGAUUUCAACCAGCUGAGUGCUGUCCUGCUUUCGGAUUUGGAAAAAAUGGCUAAUCUCACACAUCUCAACCUUUCUUAUUCCGGAAUAUUUGGCCAAGUCCCCAUGGGCAUCUCUCGCCUCACAAAACUCAUAUCUUUGGACCUCUCCUCUGACAUAUAUCCUUUUAAACUGGAGAAGCCUGAUCUUGGUACUCUCAUCAGAAACCUUUCUAAUCUAAAAGAGCUCUAUUUGGAUUAUGUCAAUGUUUCUUCUAGCAGGACGGAGUGGUGCCAAGCCAUCUCUCACUCCGCUCCUGGACUUGAAGCUCUCAGUUUGAUUCAUUGUUCACUCUCAGGGCCAAUUGACAGUUCUUUCUCCAAGCUCCGGAAUUUAUCAAUACUUCGUCUCAAUAGUAACAAUCUUUUGUCCCAAGUGCCUGAUUUCUUUGCAAAUUUUUCCUCUUUAACUGAGCUUAGUCUCAGUUCGUGUAGGCUCAAAGGUUUGUUUCCAAGAAGUAUGUUUGAACUCUUGAACUUGAAGACACUUGAUCUUUCAUUUAAUCCGAUGCUAGCAGGAUUUCUCCCAGAAUUCUUAUUAAAUAGCUCUUUAGAGGCAUUGACUAUUUCUAAUACGAACUUCUCUGGGAGUUUGCCAAAUUCUUUAAGAAACUUGAAGUCUUUGACAUCUUUGUAUCUUGAUGGUUGUAAUUUCUCAGGGCCAAUACCUUUGUCAAUUUGGAAUCUCAGUCAAUUGACUGAUUUAGACCUCUCCUAUAAUCACUUCUCUGGGGAAUUACCACCAAUGCCUGCUAGUUCAAAGAUUUCAACCCUUCUUCUUUCUUAUAAUAAUUUCACUGGAUUGAUCUCCAAUACUUUUGACUCUGCACAGCAGCUUGUGUCACUUCAUCUAGAUGGCAACUCACUCACUGGAUCUAUCCCGGUGUCCUUGUUCACACUUCCAAUAUUGGAGGAGUUGAUUCUAUCUAAUAACAACCUCUCUGGUCAACUGCAAGAGUUCACAAACGCCUCUUCUACAUUACAAUUUGUUGAUCUAGGGGGCAAUAAUCUCCAAGGGAAGCUCCCAAAAUCACUUGUCCAUCUCUCUGCUCUCGUGUCACUUUAUUUAAGUUCAAACAACUUUGAUGACUCUGUACUAGAAUUAGAGUUGUUUGGUCACCUUCCAAGUCUCGAAUCUUUGGAUCUUUCAGGCAUUAACUUGUUGAUCUCUAACCAAAUUGCAGACUCUUCUCGUCUAUUUCCAUCUCUCAAUGGGUUGAACUUGAAAUCUUGCAACCUGACAGCCAUCCCGUCUUUCUUGAAGCAUAAAAAAAAUAUGAACUACCUAUACCUUUCAAACAACAGAAUUAAUGGGAGUAUACCCAAGUGGAUAUGGGGCAUUGGGAGUUUCAGCUGGACUAUGGAUUUAUCUUUCAACUCAUUCACAGAUAUUGAGAUGCCUUUCUUGAUGCAUUCAAGUAAUGUUUAUUCUCUAGACCUUUCAAGCAACAGAAUUGGUGGCACCCUACCAAGUUGGAUCUGGAGCUCUACUCUUUAUUACCUGAAUUUAUCAUGUAAUUCAUUGACAGGCGUUGAGAGGUCCUUUUCCAUUCCUCCCACUAAUGUUGUUUAUAUUGAUCUCCACUCUAACUUGCUUCAAGGACCAAUUCCACUCCCUCCACCAACCAGUGUCAUUGUGGACUACUCAAACAACCUCUUCACUUCUUCCAUCCCUUUUAACAUAUCAUACUACCUGAACAAAACUAGAUUCUUCUCAUUGUCAAAUAAUAGUCUCACAGGAGAAGUCCCCUCAUCAAUUUGUAGUGCAACAAAACUCUAUCUUUUUGAUAUCUCUCACAACAAUUUGAGUGGUUUGAUACCAGCUUGCCUAUUGGAAAGCCUUGUUGAUUUGAGAGUGUUGAAUGCUCGGGAGAACAGUUUUCAAGGAAACAUACCUCAAAAGGUCAGCUCAAGAUGUGCUCUACAAACAAUCAAUCUCCAUGGAAACAAGUUGGAAGGGUUGGUACCUAGCUCAUGGGCCAACUGUGCUGAGCUAGAAGUCCUAGACCUUGGUAGGAAUAAGUUGGGAGACUCUUUCCCAUAUUGGUCGAUGAAUCUUCCUGCAUUGAAAGUCCUGGUUCUCAAAGAAAACAGAUUCUUUGGACAUCUGACUGGAAUUUGUGAAGGCAAUCACUUCAUGAUGCUUCAAAUCUUUGACAUCUCUUCAAACCGUUACACUGGUAGCUUCUCAUCGGACUGCUUUAAGAGCAUGAAGGCAAUGAUGGUGCAUCAGGGACCGACGGAGACAAUUGGAUACACGAAUGAUAGUUUGGUGACAUCAAGUUAUCGAGACAUCGUUACGGUCAAUUUGAAAGGGCUUGAGAUCGAACUAGUAAAGAUCUUGACUACCUUCACUUCCAUUGAUUUGUCAAAUAACCGAUUUGUGGGAAAUAUUCCUCAAGUUCUUGGUGAUCUUAAGUCCCUCCAUGCUUUGAACAUGUCACUCAAUGCUUUCACUGGUGAAAUUCCACAGGCGCUUGGAGAUAUGAUUGAGCUGGAGGCAUUAGACCUCUCGGGAAACCAAUUAUCAGGAGUGAUUCCGAGUUCUCUGACCUCCCUGUAUUUCUUGGCUUUCUUGAAUCUGUCAAACAACAAUUUGGUGGGCAGAAUACCACAAAGCAACCAGUUCUCCACAUUCUUGAAUUCAUCAUUUGAAGGGAAUCCAGGUCUGUGUGGGAACCCAUUAUCAAGGGAUUGCAUUAAUUCAACUAGCGUGGAGCCAUCAUCAAAUUCUACGAAUGCACCCACAGAGUUUGAUGUGGACAAGAUUUGGUUCUGGAUGUUCACAGGAUUGGGUUAUGGAGUUGGAUUUGCAUCGGUCAUUAUCUAUCAAUUGUUCUUUCCCAAGUGGAAAAUGUGGUACAAGAGGAGGUUCAUGAACAGAUAAAGACCUGCAUUUCUAAAACAAGAGGGCAUUCCUUCUUCUGCAAUCAAAGAAACUAUUUCAAAGGCCAAGGUAUGCCUUCAUCUCCGGUUACCAUACUCUUAAUUAGUAUGUAUUCAAUCAGAUAUUUGUUGAAUAGCAUGUGUGCAAUAUUGUCAUUUCCUCCUUGUCUUGCUGGUCCUCCGGCAACUCCAAUUGUAAUAUGAGUUUUCUGCCAAGAGAUCAUCACUUUGUGUUUU